AAGUGCAGGUAGUAGGACUUGAACUUAGGAGCAUAUCUAGUCGAGCUCAGUACAAACACUUUGAAACCAAGAACCCAACCAACUUAGCUAACCCCCGGGUUCAGAGGAGGGAAUUCUCUAGGGAAUGAAUAAAAGAGUGGGGUUUUUUGUGAGUAUCUUGAGAAUUCCUGAGAUGGGUAAUUGUUGGUUUAGUUGGGUUUUGGUUGUGUUGUUGGUGUUGUUGGGGGUUAGUGUGAAGGGGUACCCAGUUGAGGAUCUGGUUGUGAAACUGCCUGGACAGCCUAAGGUUGAGUUUAGACAGUAUGCUGGGUAUGUUGAUGUGGAUGUCAAGGCAGGAAGGAGUCUGUUUUACUAUUUUGUUGAGGCAGAGAGCCAACCUGACAAGAAGCCCCUAGCUCUGUGGCUCAAUGGAGGUCCAGGUUGUUCCUCUAUUGGGGGAGGUGCCUUUACAGAGUUGGGUCCAUUUUAUCCUAAAGGUGAUGGUCGAAGCCUUCGAAAAAAUUCAAUGUCAUGGAGUAGAGCAUCAAAUCUCCUUUUUGUUGAGUCACCUGCUGGAGUAGGAUGGUCAUACUCAAACACAAGUUCAGAUUAUACUUGUGGAGAUGCCUCCACUGCUAAGGAUAUGCUUGUAUUUAUGUUGAAAUGGUAUGAGAAGUUUCCAGAUUUCAAAUCCAGAGAACUGUUUCUCACUGGAGAAAGCUAUGCAGGGCAUUACAUACCACAAUUGGCUAUUGCUCUACUGGACUAUAAUGCACACUCAACGGGCUUCAAGUUCAAUAUCAAAGGGGUUGCUAUUGGGAAUCCACUUCUAAGACUUGAUCGGGAUGUUCCAGCAACCUACGAAUUCUUCUGGUCACAUGGAAUGAUUUCUGAUGAAGUUGGCCUUACCAUCAUGAACAAAUGUGAUUUUGAUGAUUAUGUCUUCGCAAGUCCUCACAAUCAGACAGACACUUGUAACAACGCCAUAAAUGAAGCAAACAACAUUGUUGGCGCAUAUAUAAACAAUUACGAUGUGAUCCUUGAUAUUUGUUAUCCGUCUAUAGUAGAGCAAGAGCUGAGACUUCGGAAAGUGGUUACUAGCAUUAGUGUUGGGAUUGAUGUCUGUAUGAGCAUUGAAAGACGCUUCUAUUUUAACCUCCCUGAAGUUCAGAAUGCUCUUCAUGCAAAUCGUACUAAAUUACCUUAUAGCUGGUCUAUGUGCAGUGGUGUUCUGAAUUACAGUGAUACUGAUGGUAACAUCAACAUUCUUCCCUUGCUCAAAAGAAUAAUCCAAAAUCGUAUUCCAGUUUGGGUUUUCAGUGGGGAUCAAGACUCUGUUGUGCCAUUACUGGGCUCCCGGACACUUGUCCGAGAAUUGGCUCAUGAUCUGAAGUUCAAGGUUACAGUCCCAUAUGGAGCUUGGUUUCACAAAGGCCAGGUGGGAGGUUGGGCGACUGAGUAUGGAAAUUUAUUAACUUUUGCCACAGUAAGGGGUGCUGCUCAUAUGGUACCUUAUGCACAACCAUCAAGAGCAUUGCAUCUGUUCAGUUCAUUUGUACGUGGCCGGAGAUUGCCAAACACAACACGUAUAUCAAUUGAUGGUUAAGAAGGUUUUAAAUAUCUUCUACAAUUUGGUUGCAAGUUUCAAGUUGUUUCGUAAUUCUGCUCAAAAGGCAUUAAGAUAACAAUGGUUCUUUUCCAGUGGUAACAGUGAAAAAUAGAAGCCACAUUUCAAUUGUAUUUGUGGGAAGGACAGGAUCCCAAUAAGAAUCCAAUGAAGAAAUUUUCAGCAUUCU